GAAUUCGCAGUACCUACAAUAGAAUACCGUACAUUAUAAUCGCGCAUACUUAAACAAAAAAAAACUAGGUACCUACAGCAAAUGUGGAAAUUGGAGACUUGGCUACCACGCUGUUAUAAUAAUUGAGAAUAAGACUUUCAACCAUAUCGUGUGUACCAUUUUACAUUGUUUGUUUUGAAAACUAAAUCUAUGUAUGUGUGUUGUGAUGUGAAAAUACAUACAUCCUUAUAACGAUGGGUGCGGAGGAAUCAAAAUAUCGAGUAUUCGUAUCCAAUCUGAACCCAAACACCUCCGAUGACGAAUUCGUAUCGUAUUUUCAAUUUCAUUACGGUGGUGUGGAGGGAGCAAAAAUUAUACGAGAUUCCAACGGACGGUCCAAGGAAUAUGGUUUCAUUAGUUUCGUCAAUUCGUCAUUCUUCGAUCAAGUGGUUUCUCAAAAAUAUCACACAAUAAAUGGAACCAGAGUCGUUUGCAAAAUCGCAUCUCCUAGAAAGACGAAUCAAAAUAUCACCAAAAAUAAUGCAGCACCUAAACACUUAAAGGAAAUAUACAUAGGAAAUUUGGAUACCAACACGACACUGCAACAAAUGAAGGAUUAUUUCUCAUAUUUCGGUGAGGUAGAACACGCAUUUAUUGUAUCCGAUGAAAAUCAAAGAUCUUUAGGUUAUGGUUUCAUUGAAUUUCAAAACCCUUCAUCUGUCGAUUUGGUUCAAGAACAAAGACCUCAUAGCAUAAACGAAAGGCAACUUCAAAUUUCCAGAAGUUAUCCCAGACACGUCCCUACACGUUUGAAGAAACCUUCCAACGUCCUUUACGUCGCAAAUUACGACGACCGCGUCGACGAAAGCAAUAUCGAAGAAUAUUUUACCCAGUAUGGAGACAUAAUUUAUGUAUCACGUACGAAAAAACGUCAACAGGAUAACGUAAGAUUGAUGGAAGUACAUUUCGACGAUUACGAUGCAGUUGAUGUGAUCUGUUUGGCCGACAAUCAUACCAUUAAUGGUUGCACCAUUACUGUUUCGAAAUACUUGGAAUAUAAUAAUUUAGAGAAAUUACAAAAUCAGCAACAAGCGAACGUUUCAACAUCAAAUCUUCCUCAGAAACUAGAAGGUAUUCAUCAGCAAUAUCAGCAUGUUCGUCAUGAUCUUGCAGAUUUUGGAAACCAAGUAAAAAAUUUGUAUCCGUCUGCUUCUACUCAUCUGCAUCGACAGGAUGAUCCUAAAAAUGAUAACAAUGAUUGUGUUAUUUUGUGAUUUAUUUUUUUCCUCGUGAACAAUUACAUACGAGAGGCGAUCAAAAUGUUGUUGGACUCGUUUCGGGCAGGAACGCUGGAAAGAGGGAAAGACCAAACCGGUUUCCAACGAGAAUCAAAAAGAAGUGGGGAGCGUUCCAGCCUUCCAGGAUACAUACGUGAGCUAAUCCGCUUCAGCUUCAUCAAUUCAAAGGAACACGCCGAACACGCGGCGAGUGCGAGAUCAGUUAAGUAGAUCACUGAGACCACGAGACCAGUCUGCGAAUAUUGUGUUUACUGUUUUGUCACGAUGAUGUCCUUAGAGCAACGCGCGAAAUUGAAGUUCCACGUGCAGUUGAAUAAAUCGUUUAUCGAAUGUUACAAUGAUAUGAAAGCAAUGUAUGGGGACUGUAUAAAACGCUCGACAGUGUAUUCUUGGUAUAAAAAAUUUGCAAACGGUCGCGCAAGUGUUAGAAACGCAAACGCUGAAAACAGUGGCCGGCCUGCCACAUCUCGAACUCCAGAAAACAUUUCUCGAGUUCGCGAAUUGAUUAAAUUGAACCCGCACUUGAGUAUACGAAAAAUUUCUGAUAAAUUGAACCUCAACUUUGGUACUGUGCAGAAAAUUUUGACCAGGAAUUUGAAAAUGACGAGCGAUUCUUCUUCCAAAGCAUGGAUACAAUCAAAGUCAUCGAAGGUGAAGUGAACAUCAAUGCCAUUGCCAGCCUUUGAAGUUUGAUCUGAAGUGUUUCACGAGGUGGAUCUGGAUCGAGAGAUAGCAGAAGUGCAUCGCUCAGAAGGAUGAAUAUUUUUAGGGGAAUACUAUACCUCAUCGUAGACUUGUUGAAUACGAGUGAAUGUUUUGAAUUUUGUUUGUAUGUAUGACACAAGGAGGCUGAGCAGGCUCCACACGUUGGACCUUAUCAUGCCUCUAAGUGCACUACGUAAAUGUCCGUAAAUUUAAUAUAAUUUUUAAAUAGUGUUGUAAUACUCGUAGUUUUGAUAAUUUUAAGUCGUUGAUUUUUGUAUCAGUUCUGUAAAUAAAUAAUUUUGA